AUGCAUCCUCCACUUACACCACAUAGGCACCCAAUGUGUCUUGAGAUCAUUGAGGAAUUUCAAAAGUGUCAUUUAGAACAUCCUCUUGGAAAAUUCUUUGGAGAUUGUACUGAGCUUAAAGUAAAGCUUGAUCGAUGUUUUCGCCAGGAGAAAGCUGUGAAGCGGAAGGUAAAUUUCGAACAAAGCAAGAAGCUUCAAGAAAGGCUGAAAGCUAUAAGGAAAGAAGAAACUGCAGAGACUUGA